AUGGGAGAUAAUACGCUGGGCUCUACAGACGGGGCGGCUCUUGCUGAGGCUGGUCCAAUCAACGCGGCUGGUUCCAAGGCUGUCCCAGCCCACUACCAGGAGCGAACCACAAAGACUGGCCAACAGAAUCUCGAGGUUUCCGUCCGAAUUCCUUCUUUCCCACAACACCACCCCCUCGAAGAUUUCUUCAAAGACUUCUUCAAACACUCCUGCGAAGACCUCCACGAAGCCACCUCCGCUCGUGGCGCAAUCUACCAGGUGGACCCGGCAAAGUCCACAAACAGGCUCUACAACCACGCCUGCAACGGCGGCGCCGCCAUGACGACGCUGGCUGACUUCCAGUCGGUCGAGUUCCCCCGGGCAGAGGGGUACCUGCCCCUGGUGGGCCUCCCAAUCGGCGCGGGCCCAGAGGGCGCACCAGGCCUCUCCCACAUGGGGCAAUUCGAAGACUGCGUCCUACAUACCAAGAGGCUGAUCGCCUGCCUGGGUGACGGGCCGGCGGCUUGCCUCUUGGCUUCCAAGAGCAAGUCGUUUGCUUGUCUCCACGAGGCGACGGGGGCGCGGUGCGACCCGCUUGGUUUCGACUGGCGGCAGGAGGCUCUAACUGGACGAGAGCGCGCUCGGAGCGCGGAGCCUUCUGAAUACGGAGACUCCGGUGAGAACGAGCAGCUCCAUCUGAGCUAG